AUGUCUACCGCCUGUAGUGCGUCUGAGGUGCUGGGAAAGUGGGUGACGCCGAGGAAAAGCAGGAGCGGCGAAUCCUUCACUCUGGCCCUGUGCCCUGCAACCCUACCUCCUGCGGGUGUGGAGGUGCAGAUCAGCAUUUUCUGGGACGGGACCGACAUGAUGUCCAUCAUCCGCUCGGCGGAACCACUUGGCCGUGUUGCCGCCAUCAAUACUGAUUGGUAUUUGGCCGUGUGCGGCAUUGACCCUGCCAAGGCAGGGCGUUAA